AUGGCGCUGCUGUCGUACGCUUCUGGCGUGUUUACCAUCGCGACAUGGCCCGCAAGGAUCGCUUGGAAGCCAGUGGCAUUCUUCAUCAACGUGAUCCUCGUCCUGUUGUCGCCUCUCCUUCUUAUGGCAACGUUUGUUCUUGGAUGGUGCCAAGCUGUUAUCGACUUCAUAGCCAGUCUUCAGCCUCUUUACACAUUUCUGGCUUGUGGCGCGUGCAUUGGCAUCUUGGUUGGUCUGGCCUUGUCGUGCACGUCCGGCGUCAUCACCUCCGUCCUCGGCAUGCAUGAUCGGAGGUCGAGUUUGCUCUCUCCAACGCCGAUGCCUGGGACGCCAUCCUCAGAGCGGCCCGGGACAGGCAAGACAGAAGACUCCUCAUCCUACGAGACUGAUUGGCAGUUGCUGAACAAGCCACCCCCGAAGAGACGGAGGCGAACCCCUGGACUUUGGUCACAAACAAUUCACGAGGAGGAUGAUGAUGAUUCAGAGAUUUGA